AUGGCCCAACAAUUAUCGAUUUAAAGAUUACUUAGAGAAUAUGACAAAUUGUAAAAGUUGAAUAAUAAUUAAUUCAUUUGUGAGCCGAAUCCCCAAAAUAUUUUCGAAUGGCAUUUUGUGAUUUAUAAUUUGACUGAUGCCUUUGAAGGAGGAUAUUAUCAUGGAAUUUUAUAGAUGCCUCCUGAUUAUCCACUCAAACCUCCUACCUUAAAAUUCAUUACUCCAUCAGGGAGAUUUGAAGUUGGAAAACCUGUAUGUUUAUCAUUUACUAAUUUUCAUCCAGAAAGCUGGAGUUCUGCUUAAACAAUUGAAUCUAUGAUGAUCUCAAUUAUUUCAUUCAUGUAUACCAACGAACAUACAACUGGAGGGAUUAUUAGUAGUGCUUUAGAAAAACAGAGAUAGGCUUAAAAUUCCAAAAAAUUUAAUUUACAAAAUGAACAAUUUACUAAGAUCUUUAAAAAGCAUUUCGAUAAGUUAAAAUUGAAUGAAAAUUACUAAAACAAUUAAUUUAAUGAUAAUCAUAAUAAUGUUGGUACUAAUAUAAUUGUGGAAGAAGAAAGUUCAAUAACUGUCAAAGAAUUUUUUAUCGGAGGCACUGUUAUCUUAUUAUUGAUUUAUUUUUUAUUAUAAAGUAUAGUUAUAUGA